GACUCACCACUCAGUCCAUUUUCAGCUUUACUCCGUGUCGCUACUCGAUCUCCCCACCUUCCUUCAGUUAACUCGUUCAGUUUAAAGUCUGCAAUUAGAUAUCAAAAAUGAAGUUAUAUUUGUUGUUGAUUGCCUCCCUGUGUUUUCUGACCUACAUCAGUUGUGGUCUAGCCAUGACUCAAAGCAAACGCAACGUUCCCCUCGCUAAAUUCGCAGAUGGCUGCAUCCAGUGCAACUCGAAGACCGAGCCCCGUUGCGCCACCGAUCCCCUCAGUCUGUUCACCAAAAACUGCUCCGAGUCCAUCGGCGGAUCAGAGUGCUUCGUGCGUGUUCUGGAUGGCGUCACCAUUCGCGGCUGUGCCAAAGAUCUGACCAACGCCACCAAGGCCGCGUGCAACAAUGAGCUGGAGUGCCAGAUCUGCACCUACACGGAGGGCUGCAACCGUCAGAUGUUCCCCUCGUCGCGUGCCCAGUGCCUCCAGUGCUCGGGCAACUCCACCUCCUCGCCAUGUGCCAGUCAGGUGUACGACCACGCCUCCAUCUGCCCCAUCUACAAGCUGGGCGAUCUCUGCUACAUUCGCAACAGCAACCGCACCGCUGACGGCUCCUUCCAGCGCGGCUGCCUCAGCACCGCCCAGGCCAACAAGCAGUGCAUCAAGGAUGGCAACUGCUUCACGUGCACGGGCCGCGGCUGCAACUUCCUGCAGGCCAACGACACACUGAUCCCCCUGGCUCGCGACUCCAGUGCCCAGCUGAUGCUGUCGAUGUCUCUGCUCCUCAUGGGCCUUCUCACCGCCUGGAUGCUGUAGGUGCCCUCGCCAUUGGGGACACUCGUUUGUCCCUGAGAGCACCGAAAGAUACAUUUUUUCGUGCAUUCUAUUAGCCAUGCAUUUUUUUUUUGUAAUUCUUUAAAAUUCACACUCUGCCUUUGUUUGCUUUCUGAGCCACCACCAAAAACGGAGAGGCGAAAGCAAAAAUAAAGAUACAAAUUGUAAUGGAAAA